AUGUCAGUUUUUCUUAGCACAAAACUGAAUGAUUUUUCGGGGUCAAUAAUAAAACUUGAGUGGCAUCGUCGUCUUUCUCUCUUGGCGGUAGCAUUACAAACACAAAAGGAAUCUGGUGAGGUAGCCGUUUCAAGUCUGCAAAGCUUGAAAUAUAAAGAUACUAGUAUAAUAAGAGCACAUGCGCCUACAUGUAUUUCCUGGCACCCUUUCGAUUGUAUAUUGGUUGUUGGUUGGGAUAAUGGUUGCGUGACCGCCUGCCUUCUUUUGGAAAACAACACGUUUGACAUAAGUUUUAAGUUUGAAGCAACUAUAAGUUCCUUGGUUUGGUCUCCUGAUGGUCGAUUUCUUCUGGUGACAGACACAAAGGGGGCAGUCUGUAUAUUUCCUCACGUUAAAAGCAAUAACUUUGGACAGAAACCUAUCAAUGUCUCCAACAUUAAUUCAAGCAUCUCAUAUGCUAUACCACUGUCUACUCUAAAUCAUACGACAGAUGAAUCAGUUGGUUUAGACGAUAAGUUUACCGAAUCACUUCAUUGUAAAGUUCCAUCUAAAUUGAGUACCCAUUUCGGAUUUUAUUUAGUUGGAUCUGAUGAUGGUCGUAUAACGUGCGUCAAGUACGAUAAUUUGGACGUAAAUGAAACUUCAGCCUGUACGAUGAAUAAUCUGGUUUGCUGUGAGGGUUGUAUUCUAAGAAUACUCUAUCACGAGAUCAAACGGACUCUUCUAAUAAUUACUGAUAAAGGACUGCUAUACCACUAUCAUGUCAAGUUCAGUUGCGAACUGUCAGUGAAGGAAGUAGCAAAGAUGAAACUGUCUUCAGGAUUGUGCCAUCAACCUUCCAUUACUUGGGCAGGUGAAGCUACUCUUGCUAUGGGCUUGGGAGAAACUGUUGUCAGACUUUGGGACAUUGAGAGGUCUGAUAAUUAUACCCUAACUCCGAAUGUAUCUCAUCUUGAGAAAUCAAAGAAGAGUGUAAAGGUUCUACAAGUAGCAUACUCAGAGACCUAUCGAGUCCUAGCUGCAGGUUUGAGUAAUGGCAUGGUUGCAUUUUGGCAGUACGGCACAGAAUUGAAUUCACACGACGACCUAUCUCACCUUCUACAGUCUGAUUCAAACUUGACUCAAAGUUGUGACAAUCGACAGGAUAUCUCCACACUAUACAACUGCACAAAUAAUGUAACUGAAAAGGCACCGGAGGCUAACUGGCAUCCUCAGCCCAGUGCUAUUUUGACAAGUCAACAGAAUAGCGAAUUCGCCUCAUUACCAAUUGAUCCGAACCGAAGUAUAUCUUUGCUAACGUGGGGUGAGAGAGAGAAAAAGUUGGCCGUUGCUCUUUUACCUCAUCAUUCAAAUGAAAAAACAACUUACAAUCAUAGUAUACAGGUCAAGUCUUCUGUACAUAUUCUACAAAGACAAUCUUUAUGCACACAUUUCUAUGGAAGUGGAUGUGUUGUUGUUCAAACAGGUUCACAGUCAUUCUCAAUGCUUACUUCAGUACCCGAUACAAUGACGCCAGCGUCACCAAUGAAUGUAUCGAAUAAUUUACCAUCUAUACUUGAUAAUAAUGAAAUUAAUAAAGGAAGUGUUAAUACAACUAAAAUCGCCAAUCUUAAUAAUCUUCCAGCUUCUUUUAUAACUACUUCAAUACCAAUAAUGGUAGACAAAAGUAAAAAACAAAAUUCAAAGUUCUUAAUUGAUCAAAAGAAAGUUACACUAUAUGAACAUGAAGCACAAGUUGAAGAUCAAAUUAAGGCUAUAUUCUGUACACAGGAACAUGUUGCAUACUGGAAUGGUCAUCGUAUAUCUGUUUUCAAACAUUCCACAGGAAAUUGUAUUACCCAUCUGGUUAGUUUUGCGUGUGAAUUCAGAUUUGUUGGUAUGCAUCAGCAAAGUAUAUUUACAAUUGAACCAUAUAAACUACAGGUCCGUAAUUUGGAGGGUUGUGUUAAACAGUUGAUUAAUUUCACCGAAACAGAGGGCAGUAUAGCUCUGACGUCUCAGUGUGCUAAUUACAUGGCAUGCUUAACGGAUCAGAAUAAAAUACGAGUGUUGGACCUAAGUAGAAGAGAAGUCAAGUCUACAGAUACAUCAAAAUCACUAACAAAGUUAGUUGUGUGCGAAAUAUUAAAUCAGAUAUCACAGAAUUCAACUACAUCUUCAUUAUGCUCUACAAAAACGUUUCAAAAAAAUCUGUCAUUACUACAGAAUCCAAACGAUGCUGUUAUGCAUGAAUUGAACAUAUCUUGGAUUUCAAUCAAUAAGUCUGGUGGUACAUUAGCAUUUACAGUAGAAAUUCUCCGAGAUGGAAUAUUAUGCAAUUUAUUAUGGCCAUGCUUAGAUGUAGCAGACCAGUCAUCGGAUACUCUGAUCGAAUCAGAGUCAAAUAAAAUGAAUGAACAGUGUUUUCGAGAGAAAUCUAGAAGUGUUAUAAACGAGGAGGAUGCAUUAAAACAAUGGGUUCCAGACCCAAACAUUUUUAUUUAUCAUUUAGAUGUAGACAAAUUGAAGUGUUUUAAUUUCUUUGAAGCAAUUUCGAAUUCACUCAGUACAAUUCCUGGAACAUUAAGUGUUAAUGAAAGUGAUCUGCAUCCUACGAGUUUAGAUUUGAUUCGAUUGAACAGUACAAAUCUUAUCCAAGGCAGAUGGCCAAAACACCAUUAUUGGGAUCAGUUUGAAUCACGUCUACUGGUUGUUGAAGCUUCACCAAUCCCUGAUGAUCAUCCAGUCAUUACAUCCAGGUUGAACGCAGUUGAUAAAAUGAAUAAACAGUGUGGUGAUGUUAUUUAUACAGUAGAAAAUGAUACUGAUCAGUAUACUUCCGCCGGAAGUCGAUCAUCUAGCAAAGUGGCAUCUAUCACUCCAGAAAUUGCUUCUAAAAGUCAAUACGAACACUCCAAAGUCCUUACAUCAAUAGUUUCAUUAUUUGUCAGCCCAGAACAAAAUAACACCAUAGUUCAAGGAUCAUUUUUAAUGUCAGUUUUGCACAGUGCUUUGAUUGGUGUUGAAGUACCGUUGAUCUACUUUUCCGUCCGUUGUGAUUUAGUUUAUCGUGUCCUCAAUGAACAACACCAACGACGUUUAGAAAUGUUAGCAGCAUCUGGUCGGCGUGUAAUCAGUGAGAUAGACAGUACACCAAGACGACUUUCAACAACGGUGAGUACUGGCAUCAACAAUCUUGAUUCUAGUGUAAAUACAUCAUCCACUACAGAUGAUAAAGGGCCAACAUCAAGUGACAUCUGAUGUACC